AUGCUGCGAACCCAACUCGGACAAUGCAGCAAACGACUCGCGGGUGCUAGCUCGGCCUCCCGCGCCUACACCAACCUCGCCCAUCAUGCCUCACGCACCGCCCUGGCAACGAAGAGGAGGGAGCUUGGUCUUGCCUCCUACAACCACUUCACUGCCCAACACCGCCGAUAUGCCGUGGCCGCCGAGGAGACGAACAAGGGCGUCGACCCCUCCGACUCGUUUCUGUCCGGCAACACGGCCAACUAUGUCGAUGAGAUGUACAUGGCUUGGAAGCAAGAUCCAUCAUCAGUGCACGUCUCAUGGCAGGCCUACUUCAAGAACAUGGAGAGCGGAGAGAUGCCCACCAGCAGGGCGUUCCAGCCUCCGCCAACCAUUGUACCUUCGGCGCAGGGAGCGGCAGCUCCGGCAUCGACGAGCGCGGUACUGGCAAUGUCUGAAGGGCAAGGCGGCGAUGUCAUGAACCACUUGAAGGUGCAGCUCCUCGUGCGAGCGUACCAAGCACGCGGUCACCACAAAGCGAGGAUCGAUCCUCUCAAUAUCAGGAAUCAGGCCAAGGGCGUGGGAUAUGACAACCCGCGAGAGCUGGACCUGGGCUUGUACAACUUCACCGAAGCCGACAUGGAGCAGAAGUUUUCUCUCGGUCCCGGCAUCCUUCCACGCUUCAAGACCGACAACCGUGAUUCGAUGACUUUGCGUGAAAUCAUUGAAGCCUGUGAACGGCUCUACUGCGGUCCCUACGGUGUUGAGUACAUCCAUAUUCCUGAUCGCGAACAAUGCGAAUGGAUCCGCUCACGCAUAGAAAUCCCCAAUCCCUACAAAUACAACGUGGACGACAAGCGAAGGAUUCUCGAUCGCCUCAUCUGGUCUUCUUCUUUCGAAUCUUUCCUCGCUACGAAGUAUCCCAACGACAAGCGCUUCGGUCUCGAAGGCGGCGAGUCGCUCAUUCCUGGCAUGAAGGCUCUGAUCGACCGAUCUGUCGAUUACGGCGUCAAAGACAUUGUGAUUGGUAUGCCGCAUCGUGGUCGUUUGAAUGUGCUGUCCAACGUCGUCCGCAAGCCCAAUGAGUCGAUCUUUUCAGAAUUUGGUGGCUCUGCGGAGCCUUCCGAUGAAGGUUCUGGCGAUGUGAAGUACCAUCUUGGUAUGAACUUCGAGCGUCCGACACCUUCCGGCAAGCGCGUGCAGCUCUCCCUGGUCGCCAAUCCAUCGCAUCUGGAAGCUGAGGAUCCCGUUGUGCUUGGCAAGACUCGUGCCAUCCUUCACUACAACCGCGACGAGAAGUCUGCCACCUCUGCAAUGGGGGUCCUGUUGCACGGCGACGCUGCGUUUGCCGGACAAGGCGUAGUGUACGAGACGAUGGGCAUGGCUGCGUUGCCAGCAUACCACACCGGAGGCACGAUCCACAUGAUUGUCAACAACCAGAUCGGUUUCACCACUGACCCACGUUUUGCUCGCUCGACACCAUACUGCUCAGACAUCGCCAAAUUUGUCGACGCACCUGUCUUCCAUGUCAACGGUGACGACGUCGAAGCCUUGAACUUUGUUUGCCAAAUGGCAGCUGACUGGCGCGCUGAAUGGAAGAAGGACGUUGUCAUCGACAUUGUCUGCUACCGUAAGCAAGGCCACAACGAGACUGAUCAGCCAUCAUUCACCCAGCCUCUGAUGUACAAGCGCAUUGGUGAGCAGCCGCCGUGUCUCGACAAGUAUGUCAAGCAACUUCUGGACUCCAAGACUUUCACAAAGGAAGACAUCGACGAGCACAAGAAGUGGGUGUGGGGCAUGCUGGAAGAGUCGUUCGAGAAAUCUAAGCACUACGAACCGACCUCCAAAGAAUGGCUCACGAGCGCUUGGGAUGGCUUCAAGUCGCCAAAAGAGCUAGCUACCGAGGUGCUACCUCAUCUGCCAACUGCAGUCGAAGCUGAUCAGCUUAAGCAAAUCAGCAACGUUAUCGGAGCUGGACCUGACGACAAGUUCAACAUCCACCGCAACUUGAAGCGUAUCCUUGCCAACCGCACGAAGACUGUCAACGAGGGCAAGAACAUCGACAUGUCGACGGCUGAGGCAUUGGCUUUUGGUUCACUCUGCAUGGAAGGACAUCACGUCCGCGUGUCCGGCCAGGAUGUCGAGCGUGGCACAUUCUCUCAGCGACACGCCGUGCUGCAUGACCAGGAAUCGGAAGCGACAUACACUCCCUUGCAGCACGUCAGCCAGAACCAAGGCACCUUCGUCAUCUCAAACUCUCAUCUGAGCGAGUUUGGUGCCCUUGGUUUCGAAUACGGCUACUCGCUCUCCUCGCCCAAUGCCCUGGUCAUGUGGGAGGCUCAGUUCGGUGACUUCGCCAACAAUGCUCAGUGUAUCAUCGACCAGUUCGUUGCAUCUGGAGAAGUCAAGUGGCUGCAGCGUUCCGGUCUGAUCAUGAAUCUGCCUCACGGUUACGACGGCCAAGGUCCCGAGCACAGCUCUGGUCGCAUGGAGCGCUUCCUGCAACUCUGCAACGAGGACCCACGCAUCUUCCCGUCACCUGAGAAGCUCGAGCGCCAACAUCAAGACUGCAACAUGCAAGUUUCUGUAGUGACGACUCCAGCCAACACCUUCCACAUGCUCCGCCGCCAGAUGAACCGCCAAUUCCGCAAACCACUCAUCUCAUUCUUUAGCAAAUCUCUCCUCCGCCACCCACUGGCCCGCAGCCCCAUCGAAGACUUCACCGGCGACAGCCACUUCCAAUGGAUCAUCCCGGACCCCAUGCAUUCCUCGGAUGCCGAAUUUCAGAUCGCGCCUCAUGAGGAGAUCGACCGCGUCAUCCUCUGCUCCGGCCAGGUCUUCGCAGCCCUCUUCAAGAACCGCCAGCAGAACGACUUCCGCAAGACCGCCAUCACGCGUAUUGAGCAGCUCAAUCCAUUCCCAUGGGCCCAGCUGAAGGAGAAUCUCGACUCCUACCCCAACGCCAAGACCAUCGUCUGGGCGCAGGAGGAGCCGCUGAACGCGGGCGCGUGGAGCUUCACGCAGCCGAGGAUCGAGACGCUGCUGAAUAACACUGAGCAUCACUAUCGCAAGCAUUGUAUGUAUGCGGGCAGGAACCCGAGCGCCAGUGUGGCGACGGGCUUGAAGUCGAGCCAUUUGAAGGAGGAGCAGGAGUUCUUGAGCAUGGCGUUCAAUGUGGAGCAGGAAAAAUUGAAGGGGGAGUAG